ACGGUUGCGUGCGCGCCUUCUUUGGGUUUCCGACUCACAUUAUAGGCUUGUGCGUGGAGAAGUGAGCAUCAUUUUACGGCAAUUCGGAUUUAAUUCUGUACUCGAUUAUAAAUAUAAGAUGACGACGGCGAGCGUGCUGCUCACAGUUGGGACCACCUGGGGUUCCAACAACGACCGUUGCGAUAAUGAUGAGAAACUGGGAAAUAACGCUUGUAACCCAGCCGCCGUGGCUGCCAAGGAACUUCGAGAGACACCUGCUAUAAGAGAACAGGCCCUCAGAAUUAUGAGAGAGUGGAUUCAACAAAAUCCGGACAUCAAAAACGUACGACAAGACGAUUUAUUCUUGUUACGAUUUCUUCGUCACAAGAAAUUCAGUGUUCCAAUGGCGCAGCAGACUCUACUCAAGUACCUGAGCUUACGGAAGUACUAUUCCAACUGCUUCACGAAUCUAGACUGUGAAGAUCCCAGACUAAAAGAAAUCUUGGGCAACGGGUUCAUUGCUGUGUCACCAGUGCGCGACAGUCUCGGCCGUCGUGUCAUUAUCUAUAACAUGGCUAAAUUUGACGCCACAAAAUACACGUGCUGGGACAUGGUCCGCGCCUACGUCAUCAUUUACGAGGCAUUGAUGGAUGACCCGACUGACCAAGUCUUCGGUUUCGUCCAUGUUGGUGAUGGAAGCGGCUCCUCGAAAUCCCACGUCACUGUCUGGAACCCAGUGGACUUCGCCAGAUUUAUUAAAUGGGGAGAGCAAUCGUUCCCCAUGCGCCACAAGGAGUUUCAAUUAUUCAAUGUGCCGGCAGCCCUAAAGUACAUAAUCGACUUCGCCGCAACCAAGGUUUCGACUAAAAUGAGUGACAGAUUACGUCUCCACACUACUCACAAAGGUAUGUACAAAGAAGUGGAUCUUUCUUGUCUCCCUGUUGAGUUCGGUGGCGACAUACCCUUACAAGAAAUGGUGAAAUAUACGCGCGAAUUAUUAUUGGAGAAACGUCAGACAAUUCUCGAUUUAGACAAGAUGGAAAUAUUAAGUACGAAAGGUAUUAUUUCUUCAAGGAAUAGUGGAAACUCUUUACGGGAAGGAGUCACAUCCGUCGAGGGAAGUUUUAGAAAACUCGAAAUAGACUAGUUUUGUGUUUAGUUACACAAAUAUGGCAGGUGCUGUUUUGUGUAACCUUGAGAAUAAAUAUUAAAGUAUGUUCAAUUGAAAAUUAUGUGAACAUUUUCUCAUCUGUAUCAUUAUAAAGUAUAAAUAAAGUAAAAAAUAUAUACCUUUCUAGGGCAAGUAGUGUUAAAACAUCCCUACUGUAUUUUUUUAAAAAAAGAACCAUGAAUUUUUGAUGACAAGACCGAUAAAAAAACUUUCUUUAUUGUAGUAGACAAUUAUCUUUUCUUGCCAGACAUAAAUUUAGCCAGUUCAUAACAUUUAUUCAAUUUUAAGGAUUUCGUUUCGUUAUUUAUUAAGAGUUUUUUUUAUAUAAAGUCAAUAGGCCUGGGUUCUCCUUAGAUUCGCUUUUAUCGGUUGAAUCUUCGCUGAAAAUCUAUCCCUAAAGGUUGUGCUUAAACAAUGUGAGCAUUUAUGGAUUAUUAUUUAAGUCAACUUCUGGAUAUGGAUUCAUUUUGAUGGGUACUUGGGUACUUGUUGAAAUUAGUUUGGGCACCGCGGGCAUUAGAAAGUAAACUUAGCUAAGAGUGACAACAACAUUCUGCAAUUAUGUUUACUUAUAGCAGACAGUAUUGUAUACAUAUACCUUCACUUAAUUUAGGUUUUUAGAAUGUAAGUGUACAAGCUUGAAGCACGAAUUUAUAUGGAAAUAAUUUCGUAUGAAAACAAGCUUACUACAAGUCAACAUAGUGUUAUCUGCUGACAAAUCAGCAAGGCCAAAACACCUGAUAAAAAUUUCAGGAUUUGUUCGAGUUAGAACAAUUUGAAUAAAUCCUUCAAACAUUCGACAUGCGAACUAGGUUGCGACAUUCAAGCUGUAUAAAAGUUUUUAGUUAAGGAGGUUACUUGGCUUUCUGCUAUUGUGACUUAGUAUAUUAUGUACUCCGUAUUGAAAAUGUGAUAAGUUUUUAAGAUUAAAUUUUAAUUGAAAAUAAUAUCAAAUACUCCCUUAUUGUAAUAUAGCAUGUAAUACGAUAAUAAUAAAUGUUUUAAUAAUU